AUGAAGCAGCACGUGGUAUCUGAUGAGUAUCAGACAGCUACUAACGAUGAUAUUGAUGUUGGUGUUGAUAUUGAUGACGUUAUGGGAGAGCAGCUAUUAUUGCACAAAGUUCGCACCUUUUCCAUGCUAGAUGCCAUGUCUACUUCUCAAUUGAGCAGAUAUCUAAAGGAUGAGGAGGCACUACAUCCUUCACUUGAAUCGAUUGGUAGUGCCAGUUCCUUGCAUACAUCAUUACGAAGCUCAAUUGGAUCAAUGUCUCGUCCACCACAUAGCAAGAAUCUUAUGGUCGACCCAGAGUCGAAUACUACAGUGCUUCAAGCUGCAGUCUCGUCGGGCACAGAGGUCGUUGAGGUCGUGGCUGAGCAGAGUUGGCUUGUUACAAAGCUUGCUGUACAAUUGCUUUGGGCACUGCGUAUGUCGAAGCGUUGGAUACUCUGUGCUAUUCGUCUAAUUUCAUUUGUGCUGUUAUUACUUCUCCCGAUUGUCAAGGUUGCGAUCUACUGGUUUACAAAUGAUGACGUACACAAGAAUAUUAUUUAUGGGCUUAAUCGACGGAACUUGCUGGAUGUGUACACGGUGCCUCAAACUGCAAGAGGAGAGGAAUCGUUGUAUAAGACAAACAAGACGCGAAGUGAUAGCUUUACUAGUGCUGCUAGUGCAAGCCUGACUGAACAAAGGUACCCUGUCGUAGUGUUUGUCUCUGGAGGAGCGUGGAUCAUUGGGUACAAGGCAUGGGGCGCAUUAAUGGGCCGUGCACUGGCGUCUCUUGGUGUGGUUGUUGUGAUGCCUGACUACCGCAACUUUCCGCAGGGAGUGGUGCCCGACAUGGUUGAAGAUGUGACACGCGCUAUGCAGUGGGUCUUUGACAAUGUUCACUUUUUUGGUGGUGAUUGCGAGAACGUGCAUCUCAUCGGCCAGUCAGCUGGCGCACAUCUUGCCAUGUGUACUUUACUUGAGCAGAUAGAGAAGAAGCGCAACGCUGCUGCAAAUACAUCUGAUAUUUCUCCAAGUGGCAGCUUUGGUGGUAUGGGCAAUACAUCGGACUGUGAGAGCCUUGAAAGUAUAUCGCCGUUGGCGCAACCGAUCACGUGGAAACUAAGGCAAGUGCGCAGCUACAUUGGCAUUUCUGGACCGUACAACAUGGAAGCCAGCAUUGCAACUUUCCAUCGCCAUGGCUUCGAUCGCACGGUGGUGGAGCGCAUUAUGGCGCGUCGGUUGGCGUAUUAUUCGCCGUCCUUGCGCUUGUUAGCGCUUAGUGAAUUACCGUUUCGUAUACGGAACGAAUUAAUGGAAGAUUUUCCACCGUGCUUUUUGUUUCACGGCACCGCAGAUAAGACGGUUAAUUAUCGAUCAUCGGAGCAACUAGCAGCGGCUCUUCAAUCCUGUAGUGCACGCGUAUCGACGCGCUUUUUUGAAGGUAAAACGCACACAGAUCCAAUCAUCGAGGACCCUAUUGUCGGCGACGAUUUCUUGCUAGACGAUGUGAUGGCCGCGCUAAAGGCACAAGCGCCGAUAGACGCGAUUACGGGCAAACCACACUACGAAUUGGGUGCGCGGCCACAAGAAAGGCGAUACUACCCUAAAGUGUUGGUGCGAUUGGCUCGCAGGGUUAAUCCGUUUUAA